GAACUACAAAUCCCAGCAAACCACGCGGCUUUGGCGUUCAGUCCUGAUGAACUACAAGUUCCGGGCCGCACCACGAGCACGUUCAAUUGAGCCGUCUAGGGCGUGGUGACUAAGGUAGUUGCUAUGGGGUUACGCUGAGUAACUCUUCAGGUAGUGAGACGCUGAAGCCGGAGGGGAACAAUCCCAAAGGAAUGAAUCCCUUACGAUGGCGUUUCAGGCCUCAGUGACAGGCUGAACCCAGACUCCCAGGGCCCAUGCUUCCACCUGAUGAAUGAUGGCCUGAACUAUGAGCAAACGGGACUAUAUGAACACUUCGGUGCAGGAGCCUCCUCUAGACUACUCCUUCAAAAGCAUCCAAAUGAUCCAAGAUCUGAUAAGCGAGGAGCCAAGGACAGGUCUACGGCCGGUGAGGCACUCAAAGUCAGGAAAGUCACUGACCCAGUCCCUGUGGCUCAACAACAAUGUCCUCAAUGAUCUGAAAGACUUCAACCAGGUGGUUUCACAGCUUCUGCAGCAUCCAGAGAAUCUGGCCUGGAUUGAUCUCUCCUUCAAUGACCUGACUUCCAUUGAUCCUGUCCUAACAACAUUCUUCAACCUAAGUGUCCUCUACCUUCAUGGCAACAGCAUCCAUCGCCUAGGGGAGGUGAAUAAGCUAGCAGUCCUCCCUCGUCUCCGGAGCCUGACCCUCCAUGGGAACCCCAUAGAGGAAGAGAAAGGGUACAGGCAGUACGUGCUGUGCAACCUGCCCCGUGUCACCACGUUUGACUUCAGUGGAGUCACCAAGGCCGACCGCAGCACAGCUGAAGUCUGGAAACGCAUGAACAUCAAACCUAAGAAGGUCCGGGUCAAGCAAGAUGUACUCUGAGAUUCGCAGGACCCCAGCACACCUAAUGCCCUGAGGAUGAUCAGCUUGGUUUGACAAUAAAUGAUUUGAGCUGUUGAACAGAU